UAAUCAUUCUGAUAAUAUUACUGAUCAUACAAGAUAGACCUAGGUGAAAGAAUUUUAUAAAAAUACAGGAAAAUGGGUUUAUUUCUGUCUAGACUAUACUCUGUAUUUGAGUCUUUUAGUUCCGAGACACCAGCAAGAAUCCUUAUGCUGGGCUUAGAUGCUGCGGGGAAAACAUCGAUUUUAUACAAAGUGAAACUAAAUGAAAACGUGCACACCAUUCCGACCAUUGGGUUUAACGUAGAGACGGUGGAGCCGGUAAAAGGCGUGUCCUUCACGGUGUGGGACGUCGGCGGACAGAACAAAAUCAGACCUCUGUGGAGAAUAUACUAUCAGAAUACAGAAGGGUUGUUAUUUGUUGUGGACAGCAGUGAUAGGGAACGAAUCGCCGAAUCACGUGAGGAGCUGUUCGGGAUCCUGGACACUGACGAAAUGAGGGAAGUUCCUGUGGUAGUGAUUGCCAACAAACAAGAUUUACCAAAUGCAUUGAAACCAUCUGAGGUUGCAGACCUAAUGACUCUGCAUAAACUCACAUCACGGAAAUGGUACAUCCAGGCUGCGUGCGCAAAAACGGGGGAAGGACUCUUUGAAGCCAUGCGUGAAAUGUCGAAAAUGGUCAAAGAGUUCAAAGCCAAAUCUCGUUGAUCUUUACUCAACUGUAACAACGGGGAUUGAUUUUGCCAAACUAAUGCGAAUCUAGAUCAACGUGUUCAAGUCCUGCUGGUGAUUUCAGUGUUUGAUCCGCCCCCAUGCAUUCUCUCCGUCCAGAAUUUCCGUACACGACGGACAUGUGUUAUUAUAGUUUGGACCAUGUAAGACACUGUAAAUUGUACACAGAAGUGGUCAAAAGAGACAUGCCUUUGUAAUAUGUCAUAAUUUUUAUUUAUGCUUUAAUUGUAUAACUGAAUAUUUUCAUUUUUUUUGGUCUGAGAUUGUGUAACAGUGAAUGGUGAACCGCUAUUUGUGAUGACAAUAAAAAGACAUCUUCACAGGGAUCGAUACUUAAUGUCAAAUCCUGAUGUAUUUUCACAUCUGUAUUGUAUUACAAUGUGCAUCUGUAAUGUUGUUUCAAGAAUAAAUUUCAA